UCAAAAAAAAAAUUCUAAAAGAAAAGAAGCACCGGAUUUUAUAUUAAUAAAAUCAAUUUUGCUCAUCAACCACUCUCUCACAAACAUCCUCUUCUAUUUUCCAUUUACUUUUAUACUCUUGUUCUAAUUUCUUUUCUUUGUUUCCGAUAACUUUGUCUUUGUUGAAAACUAGGGUUUGCUCUAAUGGUGGGUUUCGUCUGUUGCAAUUAGGCCGUUUCUGGGAAUUUUUCAUUUCUUCUGUGAGGGAAGUGCGGUUGUAGUGGCUUCCUAAAAAUAUAAUCCUGUUUUGAAGGUGAGAGUUGUUUGGAAAAGAUGUCAUCAAAGUACCAAAUACUUGACAAUAGACCAAUUGAUCAAUGGAAGGUUACUGAGUUGAAAGAUGAACUUAAGAGGAGGAAAUUGACAACUCGGGGCUUGAAAGAGGAUUUGGUAAAACGUUUGGACGAAGCCCUUCGAAUAGAAAGGGAAAAUACUGAAAAUGAGGAAGAUAAUGGUUUAAAUUCUGAUCCCCAUCCUGUUGAUGAGGGAGGGAUUGAAAAGGUGAUGUCGGAUAUUUCAGAGACAGUUAAAGAUGUUGUGGAUCACAGUGGAAGUGAAAUUGAGAAGGAGAGUGGGGUGAAGGUUCAGGUUGACAUUAAUGAGAGUGCAGCUGCUUUGGGUCACGAAGGAGUUCUGGCAAGGGACAUCAUCGUGCAAGAGGAGCUCAUUCCUAAAUCUACCACCGUUCAGACUGAGAUGACAGUUAACAAGGAUGUGGUAUCUGAGGUACCGAUUGUUGGGCAAGAUUUGCAGAGCUCAAGACAAGACGAGGAUGAGAAUAAUAUCAAUUUGGAGACCGAGGAUCCAAAGACUCAGGUGGAGGCUGAGGGUCCAGAGGCUGAAGUGAUGAAUGAAGAACCGAAGAGCCAGCUGGAGUGUCCGGGUUCAAAAUCUCAGCUUGAGAGGGAUGAUUUGAAGCCCCAGCUGGACAUUGAAGAUUCGAAGGUGCAUCCGGAGAAUGAUGAUUCAAUGGCUCCACAUGAGGAUGACAUGCCUGAUUCUUCUGCUUUGAACAUCCAGGUAUCUGAGGUCAGCCCUAAUUUAGGGUUUCAAGUAAAAUCUGAUUCUAUUCCUACUGAUUCUGUGUCAAAUAAUGAAAAGAUUGAAUUAAAGGAUAACAUAAUUGCUGAUAAUGUCAAAUUAGACCUAGAUGUUAUAAAGUCAGAGAUGGUGGAACCAUCAUCCAGCAAUGUUGUCCCAGGUAGUGGUGAAACACAUCCAAUGGAUGUUGGAGAGCCACCUGAGAUAAAGGCACCUGUUGAUGACAGCGAUGACAAGAAUAUUACAAAUGUAGACAUGAGCAAUAAAAAUGAUAGUGCAGAGAUGGCAUACUCAGAAAAAUUAAAUUUAGAUAGAAGUUCGGGUGAUGACUCUAUGGAGGAGGAUGUGCUUGAGAGUAAACAAAUUGAUUCUAAAUAUGGUACUGAUGAAACUGGAGUAAGGAGUGAAAAAAAUGGAGCACCCAUUAUGAGGGAGAAAAGUUCUGUUCAUGUUAUUGGAGAUGAUUUAUCUGCAUAUAAAAAGAACAUCUUUGUUGAGAAUAAGAGCGGUCCUUUUGUUCCUGCCGGAAAAAGAAAGCUUCAUGAUCAAGAAACUGUUGGAAACAAUGAGAUAUCAAAACGGCGCAAAUGGAACUCUGACAAUAUAAAAGUUCCAGAACAUCAAGGAUCUAAUCUUAUCCCCACAACCACGCCUAAAGGCAGAACUCAACCUACUGCUUUCAGACGUAACAUCUCUAGAUCAGACUCAAUGGCAAGCGAAGAUACACCUAAGGAACGAGUUGUUCCCCCUUCUCCAAAAGCUCCAACCACUUCUCUCAGAGUUGAUAAUUUUCUUCGCCCUUUUACCUUGAAAGCUGUACAAGAGCUUCUAGGGAAAACUGGGACUGUAACGAGCUUCUGGAUGGACCACAUUAAGACUCAUUGCUAUGUCACAUAUUCAUCUGUAGAAGAAGCAAUAGACACAAGAAAUGCUGUUUACAACCUGCAAUGGCCACCUAAUGGAGGACGUCUAUUGGUGGCAGGCUUUGUUGAUCCACUGGAAGUUAAAACUCGGGUUGACGCUCCACCUCAGACUCCAACUGCUCCUGGGACUUAUGGGUCUGCUGCACCUCAAGCUCAACCUGCUUCUCAGCCCCAGCCUUCCCCUCGUCAACAGAUUUCUAGACCGCAGCUUCCACCACCUUCUGCGCUUCCACUACCACCACCUUCUGCGCUUCCACUACCACCACCUUUGUCUAACCCUCCACCAGUUAGAGAACGGCUCCCACUUCCACCUUCACCUCCUGAGAAAGUAGAUCCUCCAAUUGUCACUCUGGAUGAUCUGUUUUGGAAAACCAAAGCAACUCCCAGGAUCUACUAUUUGCCAUUGUCAGAUGAUCAAGUUGCAGCAAAGCAAGCAGCAGAGGGAAGAAACAUGAAGCAGUAGAGAUGAGGCUGUAGUUUUCUUAUUGGUUGGUUUGUUAGAUACUGGUUAGAAAGUGUCACAUAAUUGCAUCUUUGCAGGUCUGCAGGUUUUAAUUAAUUUGAAAUUAUUCCAGCAAUGCGGAGGAAUACUUAUCCGGUGAUGUGUAUCGGUUUUCUGACAGCUACUUUGGGCUUGAGUUUUAAGUUCCAUAUAGCAUUAGAAUCUUUCAGACUUAGAGCUCUCUUUUGUAAUGGAUUGUUUCUCUUUUGUUCGAGUUUAGUUCACCUUCUGAACAAUAACCUCUACUUUUAUGAACCUGAUUUUGUAGAAUCUUACUCUGGGUGUCGUUUUGA